AUGUUUAGAAGUGUUACACCUCCUCUUCCAAGUAAAGAUCACAUUGAUCAAUGCGAACGUCUUAUCAAAAAGCAUAAUGACACAUUAUUGACAAUGUCUAGCGAUAUUCAAGAAUAUUUUUCAAAAGCAUUACUACAAUUCGCAAAAAGUUCUCCAAAAGAACUUCAUCCCAUAUAUAAUGGAUUUAUUAAAUCGGGAGUUAAAUUUGCAAGCUCAUUCGUUGGAUUUUUAAAGAAAUUAUCUCCACAAUUAGCCACAAUUUCAGAUCUCGAAAAUAAAUAUGCAGUUCUAUCAGAUAGAUUCUCUGAAUAUCAAAAUGAUAUUAAAAGUGUUAGAGAUGAAGAAACUCCAGAGAAUAUCGAGAAAGAGAAGAAAGAUCUACUCGCAUUUGUUGAACAAUUCCAGAAGUUUAAUACAGAUUCAAAUGUAUUUUUACCAUGUUUCUUAAUGUUAUAUAUUUCUUGCUGUACACAGUUGUCCCAGGAUACAACUGCCUUUCUUAAUGAAAUUAAUAGCUUAAUAAAAAGCUAUAAACCUAUCGAAAAAUCAAAAGAGGAAAAAGAAGUUGAAGAUUUGAUCGCAAAACUCGAAACUGAACUGCAACAAUACAAUGAAAAACAGGCACAACUACAACAACAAGCUAUUACAGCAAACCAAACUCAAAAAGUUCAAGAAAAUCCUGAAAAAUAA